AUGGCCUCGAAAAAAGCUGUUACUGCGUUGCGCCCAGUGGUCACUGGCCUUGCGCCGCGGAUUUGGAGACCAGAAUGUUCACGGGUCGCGAAUUACUCCACAAGAACACGCGCGACUCCAGCCCCACGUCCCCGCGAGCUCACACGACUAUCGCAGCAACAGGCCCGGUAUGCUUCCUCCGAAACUGCAAAUGAGCCACUGGGAAAGACUGGCUUGUAUGAGCUUCACAGCAAGUAUGGCGCAAAGUUUGUGCCCUUUGGUGGAUAUGCUAUGCCAGUCCAGUACAGCGAUAUGAGCAUUAUCGACUCUCACAACUGGACACGAGAAAAGGCCAGCCUGUUCGACGUUGGGCACAUGGUCCAGCACCACUUUUCUGGGCCUGGUGCCGAAGCCUUCCUCGAAAGUAUCACACCGUCCUCGCUGUCUUCAUUGCCCGAACGCCAGUCUACGCUAUCUACGCUGCUACAUUCUACAGGCGGUAUUGUCGAUGAUACCGUCGUCACACGUCUGGCUGAUCGAUUCUACGUCGUCACCAAUGCUGGCUGCAGGGAAAAGGAUACAGCCUACUUCAAGGCGCAAUUGGAAGCUUGGAAGGAUGCACACCCCGACCAACCAGUAGAGUGGAACAUACUUGAUGGACAGGGUCUUAUCGCUCUCCAGGGUCCGUUGUCCGCUGAGAUACUCUCCCGUGUACUAGACGACAAGUCCAAGAAGGAUCUCGAAACGCUGUACUUUGGCCAAUGCGCCAACGCCGUCAUCAAAGGUACCGAUGCCGAAGUGCUCGUAAGCCGGGGCGGAUACACAGGUGAGGACGGUUUCGAGAUUAGUAUUCCUGCAUACGCCACCGAAGCGGUCACCCAGUUCUUGCUCGACUCUGCCAAAGAUGAGCUGCGGUUUGCAGGCCUUGGAGCGCGUGAUACCCUAAGACUGGAGGCGGGCAUGUGCUUGUACGGCCACGACCUCGAUGACACGACCACGCCAGUCGAGGCCGGACUAUCCUGGAUCAUCGGCAAGGAUCGCCGUGCAAAAGGCGGCUUCCAUGGUGACUCCAUCAUCCUGCAGCAACUGAAGAAGAAGUCGGAAGGCGGCGGUGUGUCACGGCGCCGCGUUGGUCUCAUCAUAGAGGGAUCGCCUGCUAGAGAGGGUGCUGAGAUUGUUGAUGAGGCUGGCGAGAAGAUUGGCACUAUUACCUCUGGCUGCCCUUCGCCUACAAUGAAGAAGAAUAUCUCCAUGGGCUACAUCAAGGAUGGUAUGCAUAAAGCGGGUACUGAAGUUGAAGUUGUCGUUCGUGGUAGGAAGAGGAAGGCUGUCGUGACCAAGAUGCCUUUCAUUCCUAGUAAAUACUUCAAGCAGCCAGCGAACAUCAAGGCAUAG